AUCUUGGCUUGUUGGGGAUGUGGGAACGCUAUUGGAGAAAAUGGCGGACGGGGUGGACAUUGAUUUGUACGCUGACGAUAUAGAACAAGAUUUUGCUCAGGAUGAGUUUGCUGCUGAUGGGGUAGAUUUAUAUGAUGAUGUAAUUGCUGCCCCACAAUCUGCAGCAACUGUAGGGGAAGAGGGACCUCAACCUCCUCAUACCCCAGGACCCCCCAUUCCAAAUGCAGAGGGACAUUCACCCAAUUCCAAUCCUCCCUACCAUCAAAUGGGCAAUAACAUUCAGCCCAAUCAAGUAGGGAGACGUCAUCAACUUUACGUUGGAAAUUUAACAUGGUGGACAACUGAUCAAGAUAUAACUGACGCAGUUCUUGGAAUUGGUGUUACGGAUUUUGUGGAGGUCAAAUUUUUUGAAAACCGCGCAAACGGCCAAUCAAAAGGGUUUUGUGUUAUUACUUUAGGAUCAGAACCUAGUAUGCGUAUGUGUAUGGAACGACUCCCUAAAAAAGAAUUACAUGGACAAUGUCCUGUAGUAACCUUUCCUACAAAAGCUGCAUUGAAUCAGUUUGAGGCUCAGUCAAAGACACGGCCUGUACCUCCUCCUAAUCCUGGUCCAAGGAAUGCACACCCUCAUCAACACCCACAUCCUCCACGCAUGAUGAUGGGACCUCCUCAGGGCAUGAGGCCCAGAAUGCCACCUCCAGGAAUGCCUCCUCCAGGACCUGGACAAAGAAUGCCUGGUCCCCCCAUUUCUCAUGGGGGCCCACCAGGGCAUGGACAUCCUCAAGGACCUCCUUCUCAGGGUCAUCCUCCUCCUGGUUUUCAGCAUGGGAAUUGGAAUGGCCCACGUGCUAAUGGCCCGCCCAGACCUGGGCCUCCCCCACAAGGCCCUCAUCCCCAGGGUCCACAGCAGAGGCCACCUCCAGGAAUGCAACCAUUCCAGGGGCCACCCCCAGGCCAAGGACCUCCAAGAGGCCCCCCUCCUGGUGCUAUGCCUCCGGACCCCCGUGGUCCUCCGCCACGUCCUGAAUGGAACAGGCCUCCAGGACCAGGUAUGCCUCAUCACCCCGGAGGGCCUGGGUUUCCCCCUCAUAGCCAGCCUCCACCAAUGCAAGGACCCCCACCAGGGCAAGGACCUCCUCCAAGAGGGCCCCCGCCAGGCCAGAUGGGAGGACCGGGUGGGCCUCCCCCAGGUCAUGGUGGUCCAGCUGUCCAUGGAGGGCCGCCUCAGGGACCUCCAGCUCCCCAUGUGAACCCUGCCUUCUUUCAACAGGGAGCUGGACCCCCUCACCAAGGGCCACCUCACCAGGGGCCUCCCCCACCCCAUGGGCCUCCUCAUGGCUAUGGGCCCCCUCCCACAUCCCAGGUACGAGGCUGGCCAAAGAAUCCCCUUGGCCCGCAAUACGGUGCCCCCCCUCCUGAACAUCGACCAGAAGGGCCCCCUCCGAUCAGUGAAGCAGAAUUUGAGGAGAUUAUGGGGCGAAAUAGGACAGUUUCCAGCUCUGCAAUUGCAAGAGCAGUUUCUGAUGCUGCAGCUGGUGAAUAUGCUAGCGCCAUAGAAACCCUUGUUACUGCUAUAUCUCUUAUUAAACAAUCAAAAGUUGCAAAUGAUGAUCGUUGCAAAAUACUGAUCAGCUCUUUGCAAGACACAUUACAUGGAGUUGAAACCAAGAGCUAUGGAUCUGCUCGAAGAGAGCGAUCUCGGUCAAGGGAUAGGGAACGGUCUCAUCGCCGUCGUCGUGAGAGAUCUCGAAGUCGGGAUAGAGAGUACCGUGAACGAAGUAGGGAGAGAGAUCGUGAUCGUGAGCGAGAGAGAGAGAGAGAUCGGUAUUAUGCUGAUAGUUAUGCUCGUGAUAGGUCCAGAAGUCGAGACAGGGAACGGGAAAGAGAUUAUCGAGAAAGGAGUCGUGAAGACAGCUCUGCCCGUCAGGCAGUAAGACCUCGUGCAAAAUCACCAGAACCACCUGAUUCUGCAGCUGUUUUGAGUUCAAAAUCAAGGUAUUAUGAUGAUCGCUACCGUGAGCGUGACCGAGAAAGAGAGCGUGAGAGAGAGGGCAGUCGCCGAGAACCUGAAAGAGAGAGGGAGAGAGAAAGAGAGAGGGAACGCAGAGAAGAAAGGGAAUCUUCUCAUCGUAGUUCCCGACAUUGAUAAGCAGAUAUUUUUUCUGAAAGUUUUUUUUAAAAACUCCCUUUGUCUGUCCCUUGCUAAUGUCAUCUGGUAUUUUGGCAAAUAAUUUUAUGUUCAUUCCUUCACAAACUGGUACAAAGUGGUAAUAACCAUUUUCCUAGGUCUCAUUAAACAUUUGUGUGGGAGCAUAUUUUGUACAAGUAGUCCCGUGUUUUAAAUCAAGAAUAUUUCCUUUGUGUAAUCUGUGUGACAUUUUAGUGAAUGUCUAUGAGAAUAGGUGUUUUGGAGAAAUAUGUAUCUAUGUGAUUUCAUCAGCUGAAGAUUGUAAUGUGGGUUCAAAACUAAUGUAUUAGAAAAGACUGUAUUAGUUUACUUUUGCUUUUAUUAUUAGAAAGAGAGUAGUGUCUGAAGUUUUUGUGUGCAUUAUGCUCUACCAUGGAUUAAACUUCUGAAUCAAGAAGAUUUAAGAGGAAACUAAUACAUUGACAGAAGAUUGAAGAUGGUGCAAGAGGACAGGACUUGAAAUGAAUCUUCGUUUGAAGAUAUCCUCUGUUUUUUAGUGUAAAGUGUGUUGUCAUGACAACUGUCGAUGCUAUUAGCUUGCAAUGUUUUAAAAUAGCUCAUGGCCAGAAGCAUGAUUUUUGUAGAUUAAUGUCAAAGUAUUUUGUAUCAUACUCUUUCAACAAGCACAUUAACUUUGCAAUGCCAAAACUUUUCAGUUCUUUUCUUCUCGGAAUCAGAAUAAGUAAUUGAUAAACUUCUGAUCCUAACUUGCAAACAAACCUUUGAAAGGUUGGUGAGAGUUAUCAGUUGGAUUAAAUGGAAGUUCUGCAAUUUAUUUCUGUUGCAUGUUGACCCACAGGCAGAACUUUGAAAAUUGUAUGACUAACAAAUAUGUUCUAAAUGUUUGUCACUUCAUUAUGUACAGAUACAACAUUGGUGUGUUCAAUUUUGAGUUGCUUCUUGUAAAUACUAUUUGACUGGCCAUUCAUAAUAUUAUUUUCUGGUUUUGGUUAAGAUAAUUUGCAUUUCUUGUGGUGAAAUUUGUUGAUUUCACUGCAGUUGAUUAAUGCAGAAAUAGGUUUGACAUGAAUUUAAAAAGUAUACUUCAAGAAAAAAAUAGACUUCUAUUUUCUGUCUUAAUUUGUCAUCAUUUAAAGACUAAUGUAUUAGCUGGUUUUAGAAGCAGUUGAUCAAUAUUUUCAAUUUAUUCCAAAUGAAGAAUUUGAUGUGCAUUAAAUUUAAUACAAAAAUAUUGUAUUCUUCGCUGUAAUGUCAAUAUUGUAUUGUACUUAUUAAAAUAUGAAAUGAAUAAUGUAGUCAUUUCCAUGAAUGUAGUAUAUAGAAUGUAUAAUUUGUCCAUUGGGUUAUGUUCAGUUUUCAGUUAAUUUGUUCAGUGCAUUCUCAUGUUUUGGAUAUUAUGAUUUAUCUUGUGAAACAAAGAAGUGUACAUGCUUUGGUGCUGCUCAACUUAAAAUGCCUUUUCAUAUUUUACUUUUAAAAUAAUUACAGUCACUUCUGUAAAGUGUUUGUCUGAAACCUAAAUUUUUUGUUAUUUGUUUUUUAACAUUGUUAAUGUCUUGUGAGAAAGAAAUUUUGAUGCUUUGGAUCUUCUCAAACUGAAUGAUAUUAAGAGAUUUUUUAUGCCACAGAGAUAUACCAAAAUUGCAUCAAAUAUUAAAAAAAAAAUUAUUUGAUAAGUGCUUUAAACAAUGUAAAUUUAUGGUAAUAUUCAGUUUUGUGAAUAGAAGUUCAAUAGUAAGUUUUCAUCAUUUUCAUGAAAAGAAAACAAUGCAGUUUUGACAUUUCAAAGACCUUAAAUUUAACUUCAGGAGAAAGUCAAGAAUUAGAACACUUUUUUUUAUAGCAAACUGCUUGUUACCAAAAGUGGAAUGCUACCUGAAUUGCUCUGAAUUCAUUAAUGCAGCAAGUUAAGAAAAAUGAAAUCAAGAUAUUAGAAGCUCCAGCUGUAAAUACAAUGUUCAUCUUGAUUUCAUAUAUUCUCACUAGGUACUAUGGUAAACUGUUCCUUAAGUACCUUUUCAACGAUUGCAGUUUCACUACAUAUGUGAGUUUGAGGAACCAGUUUUCUCACUCAGGUCUGAAUUUGGCUGAAGUUGCAAAAUUGUCUACUUAAAAUUAUUGAAUUAUCAUUUUGUUUGGAAAUGACUGAGCAAAUUGAACAGGUUAGUACAGAAAUCCUAAUCAUCCUAAAGAUUUUUUUAUAUUGAAAUAUCAUCAGCCUGUUAUACGCUUGUACAAGCCUACUCAGCCAUAUGAGGGACACAACUCAGGUAAUGUUAGUUAUUAAGCUUUUGAUGUAUUGCAUGCAGACGCAGCAGUUUGCUGCUGUUUUUCUUCUUAUUUAUUUAUAUUUUUUAACAACACUGCUGGCAUCACAUCAAAGAUAUUUUUAUAUUGUACUUUUUGUAAUCUAUUUGUCUCUAAGAGAGAGCAUAAUCUGUAAGGGACCUGAUCUGUUUGUUAACAAACAGAUAAUUGUAUAAAUUAUCAUUAUUUUUGUAUUAUUUGGUAAUUAUAGGUAGUUUUGGAACCUCAAGAACCUUAUGAAAGACUGGAUAUGUGAACUAAUUUGUUUUUUCUUUUUAAUCUUUGAAAGUAUUAUUGAAUUAGACACUGAUAUUUAAAGCAGUUAUAAAUUGAAUAUCACUUACUACCUGCUCAUCUAAAUAUAUCUGCUGCAAUGCAUGUUGCUAGCAUUGGUGUUUAAUCUGUUAUAUAGAGCAUGCUAUGUAUUUAUGUACAAGUCAAGUUCUGGGCAAGUCAGGGAAUUCCAAAUUUCUAGUCAACAUUAAUUAUAUUUUAUGUGAGAUGCACAUUAUUAGAUUAGCAAUGAUGUGUAAAAAUAAUUUUCAACUUCAAUAGAUACUACUUUUUUCAGUUGAUAAUGUGACAUUGUAUGAUAAUUAUGUUUGUCACAAGUGAUGGACUGUUUUCAAUAUGAAAAGUCUACAAUUUGCUCACAGAGAACUAUUUACCUCUGAAACAAUUUGUGCAUAUUGUUUAUUACAUUUUAAUGUAUGCUUUAUCAUAUGUAAUCUUGAGUUUUACACAUGGCUGGCCCUUGUGUGUACUUGUCUGUCCUAAAAUCAUUCAUUCUGUAUUGUAUUGUACAUAUUUUGCUUUCAUCAAAAUUUUGCUAUUUGCAAUCUACAUAUAAAGAUGUAUCUAUUAAAGUGUGUAGGGUUCUGUUGUUCACUCAGAACUUUAUUUAAAAUUCUUAGUUGGUACAAUGUAACCUUGAUAAAAUAGUAGAGUGCUGCUAUUGCAUUGCACUUCAAAUUAUUUUUAAUAAUCGUUAUUUCUCAAUCAAAUUCAAAUAUUACAUGUAUAAUGUACUAUAAUUUCAAACAGUGGUAGGGUGGAAUAUUGAUUUUUUCCAUGCUAUAAGAAAAUGUUAAUUUUUUGUGGAAGGGGGGAGAAUUGAGUACAUUUUUUUUAUUGGAAACUUAUUGCAUUACUGUUUCAAAUAAGGACAUCAGUUAUAUCAUAUUUCUGAAAAUUCAGUGUGUAGAAAAGCUGUCCAUUUCACAUUUGUGUUUUGAAUUUGUUAAUUACUUAAGUUCAAGUUUAAAUUUACAACAUGAAAGUGUUAUUUAUAUUAAUUGCAUCAUUAAAUUUGGAAGCUUCUAAAAAUGUUGAAUUAUAAAAGGCAUAGACUAUGUAUGAGAUCGAUUGCCUUGCAUUAUGGCACUAUCUCAUUUGCAUUUCGACAGCCUCUCCUCUUCGAAUUCUUCCUUUAUGUGUUUGUGUAUGUUAGUAUUAUUUAAAACCUUUGCAUUGGGAGAUCAAGUAGGCAUUUUUUAAGUUUUUUGAUAUGUGUGUUGUGAAGAAUUAGGACUAGUGGUGACUUAAAUUCAUAAUUUUACAGUGAAAUGUAUUUAAAUAUUUCUGUUUACUGAACCAAUGCAGAAUUUGUGCGUUUAAGGUACACUUUCUUGUGCAGGUAGCCUGCAUCUUAUGUAUCUCAAUUUUAUUUUUUUUAAUGCACUGUCUGCGUUUUAAAUAUGAAAUUAUUUUUUAAAUAUUUAACCUUAUGUAUAAAUGCACACUAGUUUACAUAAACUUUAAAGUAUUGCUAAUUUUGCAUGAAAACACUGGUCAUUGAUAAGAAGUAAAAUUACAGUUAAUAUAUGAAAAAAAUCACAGUAAGUAUGUCAGAAUUAUUGUUGGCAUUGAUUUAAAAUAUUUUUAAUGAGGUGACCAAGUUAAUCAAAUUUACGAAAAUCAUGCAGAGAUCGUUAUGUAAAUUGUAAAAUCUCUUUAUUUCUAAUUGUGUAAUAACUUUAUUGGUUGCAUGUAUGUGCGCAUUGAAACAGCUGCUAUAAUCAUUGUGGUCUUUCACUUUUUGUUUUUUAAAAUUUUUUUUGGUUGUAUUUUGUAAUCAUCUGUGAAGCAUUGUGUAUUUGGUUAAAACACAACUCCAAUUCUAAUGUAAAUUUUACCAAUGUAGGUGAACUAUUUACUGUGGAUAUUUUUAAUUGAAUAGUGUCCAGAGAUGGAAAUGUUAGGUGACAGAAUUGUUUGUAAUAUCAAAUAUAACAUGCAAAACUGUAAAAUGUGACUCUUGAACUAUGAUGAAGCAAGUAUUAAAAGUUAUAAAUUCUAACUUUGAUAGAGAAACAGCUAAUUUUUUUUUU